GAUUGCAGAUCAGAGUAAGGCCUUUGUAGUGCAACUCUGUCCCAUGCUGCUCCCUCCUCUCAGGGGAUGGCCAAGGUCCAGGAUGGACAAACGAACGCAUGUGAAAGCUCUGCGAUGUUAGAGGACAGCCAUGAUGGUAUGGACAGUGAUAUCAUAAGUCCUGCCUCAGUUCGACAGGUCACCAUCAAGCGCCACCCAACUCAAGGCUUCGGCUUCAUCGCGGGCAGCCAGAGGCCUGUCAUUGUACGCUCCGUCUCUGCUGACGGCCCCUCCUUUGGCAGGCUUCUUCCAGGAGAUCAGAUCUUGGCCAUUAACGAGGAGACGGUGAGCGACGUGCCCCGAGAGAGAGUCAUAGACCUUGUAAGACGCUGCAAAGACACUAUAGUUCUCACUGUGCUGCAGCCCCAUCAGUCACCUAAGUCUGCCUUUAUAAGUGCAGCCAAAAAGGCCCGUCUGCGAACUAACCCACCUAAAGUGCGCUUUUCAGAGCAAGUGUCCAUCAGCGACCCAGACUCAACAAUGCUCAAGGACGACUCCUUGCUACUCAUACCAAAUGUGUUGAAGGUGUUCUUGGAGAAUGGACAGAUCAAGUCCUUUACGUUUGAUAGCCGUACCACUGUUAGGGAUGUGAUUUCCUCACUGCAGGACCGCCUCUCACUGCGAUACAUUGAGCACUUUGCCUUAGUCCUGGAGGCAGGCGGUCUGGAGCAGCACCAGAAGUUGCAUCUGCUCCAGGAGAGCCAGCCUCUGACACAUGUGGUGCAUAGAACCUAUUUCCAAGGGAUGAGGUGUCUGUUCCGCAUCUGCUUCUUCCCCAAGGACCCCGCAGACCUGCUGAGGAGAGACCCUGCUGCAUUUGAGUACCUCUACAUCCAGUGCCGCAAUGAUGUUAUCAAAGAACGCUUUUGCAUGGACUGGAAAUCGGACAUCACAUUGCGUUUGGCUGCGCUUCAUAUCUUCAUCACUGUGUCCUCAGCCAGACCCAAUCAGAAGAUCUCCCUCAAGCACGUCGAAAAAGAGUGGGGUCUGGAGCCGUUCCUUCCUCUCACUCUGCUCCCAACAGUCAAGGAGAAGAAUGUCUGCAAGACCUUGUCUCAGCUGCUGAAGACCUACCAGCAUCCACCACCGUCAGGCAACAAGGUCCCUCCUCUCCAAGGGAAACUGCAGUACAUGCGUGUACUCAAUGACCUCCCACCGUUCGGAGGAAUGCUGUUCCACACCGUCGGACUGGAUGAGAAACAGUCGGCAACAACACUACUCGUGGGUCCUCGGCAUGGCAUCAGUCACGUUAUUGACUUGAAAAACAACCUGACGACAGUUCUGGCUGAGUUUAGCAGAGUAGCUAAGGUCCAACUCUACAGAGAGAGCCAAGGAGUGGCACGGGUGGAGUUGACGAUCCAUGAAGCCAAGCCUCUGGUUCUACUCAUGGAAUGGCCCGAUGCCAGUAAUUUUGCAUGCCUCAUCUCUGGCUACUACAAGCUGUUUGUGGACCCUAAACGCACCAUCUACUUCCGGACAUCUGGUCAGCCACAGCUGACCAAAGCAGAUUACAGAAGCGCCCACCACGCCCACCCUCGUGCCGGGGCAACCAGCAUGCCAAGUGGCAGUCGACGAGGGGACGAGAGGGAAAGCUCACACAGGGAGUCGGGGUCUUCACGGGCUCUGGUUCCAGUGGAGCCCCAGCAUCUAGGCCUUUGUCAUAUCCACCUUCAAGAGCAACAGCAAUUUCAGGAGAUCCAAACACAGGCCGAACUUGACAUCAAUGAGAAUUUCAUUUCUCAGGAGAACCAUGGGCGGCCUCGCACCAAGUCAGACCCUACCCAGCAGAGUACAGAAGAAAUCGCUGCAGUUUUAGAGACCCCGGUGGAGAAUCCGGGAUUUAGAGUGCGGGCACAAACAAUAAGUCAAUCCAAGAAAAACGCACGGUACUUCUGUGACUCCUGCAAAGCCAGACUCAGAGCGGAGGGUCUGUCAGGGGCAGUGAGCGGCACCGGCUCCUCUGGUAAACACUGCUCCAGUUCUUGUGCCUCCAGAGAUGGAGGUGCUGUUGAUCUCAUAGCCCUUCCACCGCCAGGGAAUGAGGAGGAGGACGAAGAAGAGGAGGUAGAGAGCGGGAGAGAGAAGCUGCAACCACCACCACCUGCUAUUGCAGCGCCACCACCUGGAUUUAGGGACAACAGUUCAGAUGAGGACGAUCCAAAGAGAGGAAGGAAAGCACGUGCAAAUUCCAGCCAGGGAGCAGCCCCGGGGAAACUGGGCCAAGCCAAGGAAGAUGUGCCUGUGACACUCAUUGAUAAUGUGGCCACCAGAACAGUCCGAGACCACGCCCAGGAGCUGGACGAUGCUCUGGUGUCCACCUUACAGGCACUAGAGGCGUUGGCAGCUUCAGAGGACUACCCCCAUCACCCCCAGCAGCCAACACAGACUGCAGGACUGAUUGUCUUAGCUGCCAUUACACCUGAAUCUUCACUGGACUCAGGCCAUGAGACAAACUCCUCAGAGUUGACAGAUGUGUCUGAAAUGGUGUCGGCUAUGAAGCAGAACCAGAGCCCGGCUUACCUACUAGCCCAUCACAUCAACAAGGAACGUAUCCUGUGUCGCCGUGACUUUCCCCUGGCUAUUCCUGGCUGCACUGCAAAAACCAUAGGGACGGGGGCGUUCUCUGUGGGACAGAUUCGUGCUGGGUGUCCCCCGAAGCAAGUUAUCCUCAGCAAGACUGUGCCCUUUAAGGUCAAGCCCAGUCACGACUCGGCAAUACUCAGUAUUCUGAAAGAGCAAGGCGGCAAUCAAGACACCACUCUGACUGAACAGAAAGCAGAGAUGUCAACAAACUCUGAAAUCACCAAAGUCAAUGCAUGUGAUGCCCCCUCUAAGACCCCAGAACAACCUAAAGUGUCUGAUACAUCAAAGACAGCUGAUGUGUCUAAGGAGCAGACAAUAACAGAUUUGUCUGGGCAGACGCCAUGCCAAAAAGUUUCUGAGGACAUUAAGGAGAAGACUACAACACCACCUAACACUGGCCCAAACAAGAAAGCCUUACCAAUUCUCUUGCCGGUGGAUAGAACAUCCUCUGCCAAGAUUUCCUCCACAAAAAUAUGCCCGGAUGCCGAAACUGCCUCUAGUGAGACCAUUAAGCCUUCAAGCUCUGCUGAACAUCUGCCAGUUGAUGACCUUUUCUGCACAUGCCCAGUAAAGCAGGAGCCAGGGCCACAAGUACAAGCUAAAGACCCACAGGUCCAGAAAGUGGUAAUGUUUCAAUCUCCUUCUCCCACAGAUGAUGAGCGCCUCAGAGCCAAAAGCCUCCAGUUGGCUUCUGGCAAAGAAAACUCAGUGAAAAACUCAGCAGAUCCUGGACUGACCAAACCCUGUCCUCAUAUACAGACAAAAUACUCUCCUUGUUUACCAGCGAAAGCAGAGAGAAAAGAAGUCCCAGAAAGCAAAUCUGAAGGUCCUCAAAGCAAAUCGCAAACUGACUCACAGAAAGGACCUGUGAAGUCCUUCCCAAUUUUAGAUGAUCCAUUAAAACACAGCGCAUCGGUAGAAAUGGUCUGCACUCUCCCUUCCCGAGAAGCAAAGAAGCAAGGCAUUGGUAAGGCAAAGUCCCAGCGUAGUGCACCUUUCAUGAGCUUCAGAAAUCUUCUUUCUGCUACAUUUCCAGCGAGGAUGCGAAGGGAAACGGAUGAGCGCAGAGCCCAGCUGCAAAAGGUUCGACAAUACGAGCUAGAAUUUCUAGAAGAGCUGCUUAAACCCAAGUCUUCACAGGCUGAAUUUAUGUCCCAGGGGUCGUCACCAGUGCCCUCAGGCACUCCUUGUGCCUGCCAGCUUCGCACCAGCCCUGUCCUGAAGGCACCAGGUAUCUCCAGAGAGCAGAGACGCAGCUGUGACUGUAAGCGAAUGUGUAGGGGUAUGCGAUUACCUGACACACCGGUUGGCUCCACAACAGAGAUUCAAAACAGAGGCAGAGAGAGGGCUAUUUCUAAGACACCUCCAGUGGUCUCCAAAACCCCUCAUGCUCAAGGUGCCACAAGGAGACCCCAGACCUUAGAGAUUAAAACCACCCGGAUACGUUCCACUAGCCUGGAGUCGAGAGAGCCGAGGGGAGAGAAAGGCUCCUGUCUGCCCGCCUGUACCACUACAACAGACUGCACUGAGGCCCCACAAUAUACAAAGCUUCAGAGGAGAUACAGCAUCGGGGAGCUAGAUAAUAGCACCAGCACACCUGUCUAUGCUGAGGUGAAACCCAAAACUAAGAGUCUAGAAAAGGAGAUGGAGAGAGUGAGGGCCACAGGACUCAGGCUGCCCACCCCUGUAGAGCCGGUCCACACUCAGUCUCACCAGGUGGAGGCCAAGGGGAAGAAGGGAGUAUUUUUUAUCCAAGGAGAAGAACUAAUUUGUGAAAACAAAGAGGGAACUGGAGAGGUGCUGUUGACCCUGCCGAGCGAAGACAGCGACGACAAGGAUAAAUGCUGUUCAUUCUGUUUCUGCUACAGGAAAUGCGAGGCCACAGACGAAAGCAGCGAGAAGGAUGAGCUCUCGUACUCCAUACCGCUCCAGGUCCUCCCAGGCAUGGAGCUCGACUCACGCACCAUGCCUGUAGUAAGCAAAACAUUGCAGGUUCUGAAUGCUGAGGACUGCAGUGGGGAGGAGGAGGAGGAGGAAGAGGAAGAGGAGGAGCCGCAGACACAGGAGAUUGAUCUAAGAGCUUGUGGUACCCUAGAGGGUAGCCUGGCACGGGUGCAGGCUUUGCAGGGCAAGACAUUCAACUUACCUGAUGGUUUCCUAAAUGCCCAGCUGGAUGCUAAUGAGUUGCUAGCUAUUUUACGUCAGUGUGCUAACAGCCCACAAGCCGAGGGCGAGGCUCGCCUCCAACCCUCACGGAUUACAGAGUACAAGCAGGAGCUGGCUGUUCGCUUUAAAGAAUUCAGAGCAUCCUGUCGACGGGUGGCGAGCGUUGAAAAAAGCCCGACACGGAUGCUCGCUGUGGUCUCGGCCAGUUUUCAAGUGCUGUGUGAACUCACUCAGACCUUUAUUAAAUUAGUUAGAGGGGUUCGUUCUGAAGCCCAGAGGCUGCAGCUGUUGAGGAAAGUCGAGGAGGUAGCUAUCAACUACACUUUGCUUCUGCGUGCAGCAGAAGAAUCGAUGGGACACUCCAGCAGCCUGCCAACAAAGACAGUGAGUCCUCCAGUCUCCACCAACACCAACAACAUGAGCUCCCUCACUCGGCCGAUCAAAACUCUCCCUGCGCAGUGAAAGUGAAUCUGACAGGAAUGGAAUCACAACAGACCAAUAUGUGGCUGGCUACUGUAUCCACAUACAUUAUUUAUUCAUGGUUUACAAUUUUUUUUGUUUUUUUUUUACGAGAUGUUAAAUUCAUCCUCAGAUAAAUCUAUAAUGCAGCUGUUUCAUUUCAUGUUUACAGGCCCUGAGGUAGCCUCACGGAUCUUAUUUUGAAAUAUAAAAAUACACCAAAAUAAUGCACAAAGGAAUAAGAACCCUAUUACAGAAUGGGCGAUACAGGGCUAAUGACCUCAUUAUCAAAUUCACCAUAUACAUAGGACAUUCAAGUAUAAGUAUUUUAUAUAUAAUGUAUAUUUGAGUUGUGUAUACUUAGCAAAUAAUAUAAAGUUUUGUGAAGACAAAAGAAUUCUAAUAUAUAUAUAAUAUGGUAAUAAUUAAAUAUGUUGAAAUGUAUUGAUUUAACAGAGUUAUAACAAUUAAUCAAAAGAUAAUUAUUAUUAGCAAUGGACGAAAAUAUUUCAGAGAUCACAUCAAGUAGCGACUUCUGUAAAUUGCAUAGUCCAAUGCGUUGGUUGGUUAGAUGGUGCUGUGUGUGUGUGUUUGUUGAAAUAUCUACCUGUUGUAACACAAAGUUGGACGUUUCUGUUGGCUGAGUUGACGGUGUCCGGCGAAGUGAGUCAAAAGGGAAAUCACCGACAGAGAAAUGAGACGACACUGAACUUUUAUAGAAUCAAAUCAGCUCGUUCUCUCGCUAUAGUGGAGCAGGUUAAAAAAACACACACACCUGCUCAGGGCAGAUGAUGUAGCAGAGACACAAGUCACACACAAGUCCGCUGUACAGUAAUGAGUGUCGUUACCUCACUCAGCUCUAGAGAAACAUCCACUGUACCCAGUAAUAGCGAGAGUGUACUCACGCCCUCACUGAUCAACAACUAACUCGCAUCUCACAGGUGGUGGAUCGUAGUUUUUAAGUAUAACUAUCCACUUGCAAGUGAGUUAAGUGUACUGCUAGAAUUUUGCACAGCCUUUAAACCUGUCUUUUUAGGUGACAUGUAUAUACCCUAUUGUUUGACUCAGCCUUAUUUUAGUUCACCCUGCUGCUAUAACACACGUUUGCGUUCUCACCACUGGUUUCACAUCGUUCAUCUCCUCAAGGCUACCGCUUAAAUAUUCUUUUUUCUUUUCAUUCAGGGUUACAGAUACAAUGGAGAAAAAAAUGUUUUGCUUUCUAUGUGCUGUUACAUUGUGCAGUCUAGAAAUAUAUAUAAGAAACACACAAAGUAGUUUUCUAUGUAUUUUAAUAAAACCAAAAUGUGUUUGCCGUCUGAAUUCUCUUUUGUGUCUCAUCCUCUUGUUAUUUCCACAAAUCAAUUAAAGAGGUUUGACAUACAUAAUAAUAAUAAUAGUUAUAAUGUGAAAUAUUUUAAUCCCACACUGCAGGAAUUUUUGUGUUAACAGCAGAUUUGACACCCCUGUUCUAAAGACAAGAAAUUUCCCAAACAUCAUUUCACAGAUCUCUUAAGUCGUCUGGGACUGACAAAAAUCAAUGUCAUUGAAAUUUUAAGUCAACAAAGUUGGGCAACACGAUAUAUAGUUUUGUAAGAGAUACAGUAUUUAUACACUGCAUUUCCAAACAAGCUUAAGAUUGAAGUUCAAGAUUUUAAGUCAA